GCCCCAAAGAUGGUGAUACUUUCCCUUUUUUACCUAUCAAAGCAUCAUGUCCGCCAAAGUUGAAGAGAAGCCCGUUGAGCAGAUUGAGGAAAUCGCCGAAGAGUUUGAGGAAACCGUCGUCGAUUCCCCCCACUCCCGUGGUGAGAAGAAGGCCCGCAAGGCCAUCCUUGGUCUCGGUCUCAAGCGUGUCGCUGGCAUCAACCGUGUCACCUUCACCCGUGGCAGAGACACUGUCUACGCCAUUGCCAAGCCCGAGGUCUACCAGAGCAUGAACUCUGAUACCUUCAUCGUCUUUGGUGAGAUGCAGGUUGAGGAUUUGGCUGCCCGCGCCCAGGCUGCCGCUGCUGAUCAGCUCGCUGCUGAGGCUGCUGCUGGUGAGUCUGAGCCCGUUGCUGAGACUGCUGCUGUUGAGGAGGAAGAGGAGGAGGAAACCGAUGUUGACGAGACCGGCGUCAGCAAGGAGGAUAUCGAGCUUGUUGUCAGCCAGGCCAAGGUCAGCCGCUCCAAGGCUGUCAAGGCUUUGAAGAACAACAAGAACGACAUUGUUAACGCCAUCAUGGAAUUGACUAUGUAAACAAACAACUUGACCUUCUCAUCUUUGAUCGCUUGCAAAAAUAAAUAAACCAAACCAAAAUGUUAUCCAAGCCA